GUUGCUAAUAAAUUUAUUUAAUUAAUUCAAGGAGUAAAAUUUCAUCCGAACAUUUAAGAAGCUUUUGGAGGUUAACGGAUACGCUGCAGUUGCAGACAAAUUAAACAAAAACUCAUUCGAAUUAGAGUUUUUAGCUUAAUUUUCACCAUUAAUUAAUAGACGUAGUCUUAAAACGUAUAGUAAAUGUAUAACUAGUUGUCGGUAUCCAACGGAUCUUUACAGAAGUUCUAUUAAAAUACCUAUAAUGCCAAACUGUGGGACUUCCAAUGGUGAAAGGACUUUGGACUCAAAGGAAUUAAUCAACAAGAAAAACUGCCGCGAUGGAGAACUACUAGUUAAUCAGUUAAAAAAAUCUUCAAAAUCCCAAGACCAGGAUGUUGUUAAUAAAACCUAUGAUUACUAUACAGCAUUGCCAGACAUUAGUACCCAACAAAAUAAUCGCAAUGAGUUAGAAAAAUUCUUUGCUGUUCCUUCAAGUAAUUCGUCCGGAAUAUCGUCGUCAUUAUCGGAACUGCUUUUGCGCCAGCCAAAAGCGACUUCCCAAUAUUGGCAAACAGCACUUGCCUCAGAAAAAUGUCAAGAACAGGUUUUUCGCAAUCGAAAUGAACUGUUUUCUUGCAUAUAUACUAAUAGUAUGCUAAACCAACAGAAUUGCUCACAGCAACAGCUUUUAGCCACACAACUAUUCUAUGCUCGACUUUUUCAACCACAGUUAGCAGAACGGGAUUUCGGGUCGGAAAUAUCAAUUGAAAAAACUAUAAAUAUGGUUAAUUUUUCAGGGUUAAAAAAGCCCAUAAUUCGUCAAAAUGAACUUCCACCAACGCCAUCUUCGCAAGAUAAUAAUAACAACAUUGAAUUACUUAAUGACGGCGACGAUUGCUUAAGAUGUGGUGAUCAACCUUCACUUGAAUUUUCUAAUCAAAGCCAAAGCACAAGGCAGGGAAACAUGCAAGAUUUUGAAAAUUGUAAUCCUAUUUUUAAUAAUGCACCUAACUUUAAGCUCAGUAAGGACGCUAAGUCUGCAGAAGGGUACGACCUACAACACGCUAGUGAAUUUAUACGGGAACAUAAGAACGUACUUGUUGACGUCAAAAAUAGACUAGAACAACUUUCUCUAUUAUCAGCUAAAUUUAGAAAGAGUCUGAGUGUGCGCCUUUGCCACGUCGAUAUGAGUAAUGGUUCUGAAUCAGCCCUUGAAGCGACUGUGGGACGACAACUAGAUGGUAAUUGCAAGUCAAUUGAAAGCGUUUUGGAUCAAGUUAGACGACUUUAUAAUCAAUGGAGCAGCGCUGAGCUCUAUUACCUUCGAAGCUUACAACGCUUAGGACUCACAUCAGCAGAAGGGCCUGAAUUUAGUCCAACGCAAACUCAUAACAUUAUGGCUCUGGCUGCAAUAGCAUUAUCUAAUGAAAAUGAGCUUUUAACUAAGAAAACUACCUGCAUUCAAAUUAACUCUAAAAACUUGGACACUAAAGGCGACUCUGACUUGUUACCUCCUUUAACAAAACCUAAGACCCUGAACGAAAUAGAGGAUAUUAUAUUACAACUAGCUUCAACUGUUAAUAUGCAUCAAUCUUAUAUAGAUAGCACCACACCUGAUGCCUACAGUGAUAGUGCUAAAAGCGAUUCCGAAGAACCCGCUAUGUCACCGACCUGCUUAUGGCAUACGAAAAAACGGAGCUUUCGACGUAAAGAGGAGGAAGAGCAUUGCACAACUGCAGCUGAAAUAAUUUUAGAAUAUGCUUCAUUGUCUUCAUCAUGUAAUGCAAACAAAGCUCGCGUGCCUGAUACUUCCACCUCUGGGUCAAACUGCACUGAUACUAUUGAGAAUUGUAAUCCCAUAACACAAUCUCCGAUUUUGGUCAAUAACAUACGAGAAGGUUCCGCUGUGUCAAUCAUUACCGACCCAGCAUUUUUUUCCGAGUUUUCUACUGCACCUUCUAGCACCCCGACAAGUAGUAAUAGUGGCUGCUCGACUGGACUGGUUUCUGGAGUUUUAGGAUUAAGUCACAAUCGACGAAAACCAAAGUUCGCCCGGCGCAUUGAAACCCUGACUUCAGAAUCUUGUAAACCUAAUAUUUUUAUGGGAAGUUGCGAUCCGGCAGUCUCCUACCAAGUUAAAAUAUCGCCAUCAAUUACAACAUUGGCUAAAACUUCAGAAAAUUUGUCACCUCCCAUUUCUAAAACCACGUCGUCAAAUAAAGUUGCUGCUGUAAACACAACGCAGGAGCGUUCAAUAGCCAAUAUGUUCAAAGCAAGGCUUAGUGCGUUAACUGCAGUUACUGGACCAACCGAGACUGAGACUGAAAUUUUACCCAUACUUGAUGCUCCAUAUGACUUAAGUAUUGGAACCAAGAUAAAAGACAUAAACUUGGACACAAAAAACUCAUCGAGUACACAAUCCAACGACUCUAAAGAUAGUUCAAACGACAAAAAAAAACCCCAUAUUAAGAAACCACUGAAUGCGUUCAUGCUCUAUAUGAAGGAAAUGCGUGCUAAAGUUGUUGCCGAGUGUACACUGAAAGAAUCGGCUGCUAUUAAUCAAAUUUUGGGGAGACGGUGGCACGAACUUUCCCGCGAAGAGCAAAGCAAAUAUUACGAAAAAGCUCGACAAGAGCGUCAAUUGCAUAUGGAGUUGUAUCCAGGGUGGAGCGCACGAGAUAACUAUGGUUACGUGUCAAAAAAGAAAAAGCGAAAAAAAGACAGAUCGACAACGGAUUCGGGAGGUAAUAAUAUGAAAAAAUGUCGAGCCCGUUUUGGACUGGAUCAACAGAAUCAAUGGUGCAAACCAUGCAGACGCAAAAAGAAAUGCAUUCGUUAUAUGGAAGCGAUGAAUGAAAAUGGACCCACCGAAGACGGGAGCGGUAUUGAUGAUCACGGAAGCCAACUGAGUGAUGACGACGAUGACGACUACGAUGAUGAUAAACUGGGCGGAAGUUGUGGAAGCGCUGACGAAACUAAUAAAAUAGAAGAUGACGACACCGAAUCCCUUAACCAAUCCAUGUCUAGCCCAGGCUGUCUUAGUGGAUUGUCCAGUUUACAGAGUCCAUCGACGACAAUGAGCUUGGCAAGCCCAAUUAAUAUGAAUACCAACCCAGCAACUAAUGUUUUGUUCCCUGCCACCUCUAAUGCGCUUUUGAUCGUCAGUGCAGAUCAUCCUACUACACAACAACGGUCCACAUCUACGUCAGGAUCGAGCAGUGGUUCAACCAGUAGCAUAAGCACUACUCCAAAUACCUCAAGUACAGUUUCGCCAGUCACAGCUACGACGGUUCCGCCUACAAGCUCAGCUCAUGAACGAGCCAUGAUGCUUGGAAAUCGAUUUAGUCACUUGGGAAUGGGGCUAAGUCCUCCAGUAGUUAGCACAGGUAGCAGUAAGCCUGAACCAUUUUUCCAGCCGCAUCCAACAGUUUGUAAUAAUGCAAUAUUUUCAUUGCCAUCGAUUGGUAAUAGUAGUUUAAACCAUUCUCCAUUGCCAAACAUUUCCCGAAACCCCAUUGGUGCUAACCCACGGGAUGUUAAUAAUCCCCUAAGCAUCAAUCAGUUAACUAAGAGACGUGAAUAUCAAAAUGUUGAAUCGAUUAAAGCUAGUGACUCACAAACAAUUGUUGCUCAUGCCGCUACGUCCAUUAUUCAUCAUGUGGCAGCCCACGGCUACCGCGCGAACCAUUCGCUUUUAAGUAACAAUUUUAGUCAACAUUUCCAUCAGCAGUUAACUGACCAUAUCGAAACAGCCAAAAGAAGUGAGCCGACAAUCCUGUCAGUAAGUACACAUGCUGUAAACAACAGUGAAUGUCAUAAAGCUUCUGAUCCUCAAGCAAAAGCAUCUAGCAAGACCCCAGGCGCAGGCGCUUCAGAAACUGGCGUCAUUAGCGUUUCAUAACAGAUCGCACUGGAUCUUUACAUAUAAAUAUUCAUAGUUGUGUGAGAAAAUAAUUCCAAUAAUAAAACGUGCAAUAAUUAUUAUUCUCGAUGUCCCUUCGCCAUCUUCUCAAACGAGAGGCCAUUAAUGUACUUGUGCCAAGAUAAAACCUGCAAUAUUUCUUUUUAAAUAAUUAAUAUGAACAUAACGAUCAUAACAUAGAUCAUAGAAUUUGUGCACAAAUCGUUUACAACAACUCCAAUAGAGGCCAACCAUAAAUAUUUCUUAAGAUAAAACAGAAGCAGACAGACAGACAAUGCCAAAUAGAUCAGAAAAUAAAGAGACAGUAUACACUGAAGCCAACAAUCGAUUAUCAACAUCUCUUAUUUGGUUAAAUUGCAUGUCGCUUAAUGUUCCAGUUAUUAAAUUUAAACAAAAGCGAACCUAUAUAUACAACAUUUUACUAUACACAAAAUACGGUUUCAAUAUGAUUUAUUGUUUGCUUUUAUUAUUAGUUUGGAUCAAGAAAAUCUAUAUAUAAAAACUUUUAUUUCCGGAAAAAAACUUAAAAAACCUUAAAGGAGUGGUGCGUUAAUUUUGUAAUUACUUGUUUGUAAUGCUGUAAUGUAAACCAACAGACUUUAUGGUGGAGAAUAUGGUUCAAAAUUAUAUCAAACCGAAACUAACUGCAGUUCCAAUAUCGGGGUUUGUCCUUGAAGUAGUUGUAAUUUUAUAGGUGUAUGACUAUUUCGGUAAACUUGAAAACGUUUUUCGACAGCAAAAAAAAGGUAACUUGGCAACCUAGGCUUCAUAAAUGUAGUACCAUUAAAAAAAUCAUCUGAUUUUAUAAACUAUUAAAUUGGCUCAAAUUUUUUCAAGUAAUAUUUCCGUUUUUUGGUUAAACAAAAACAAAGUUAUUUAAGUUUAUAUCCAUGUGUUGUAAAAAAGUGAAAUAAUACAGAUAAACAUACAUAUAAAACGACAGAUUUGUAAAUAGGUAAUAGGUUUUCACAUAGAAUUUACUGAUAAUGCUUACGAAUUUAUUGACUUUAAGACCUGAUAGCUACUAUUCCAUGUAAAGCAAAACUUGACAUACAACUUUUAAAUAUUAAUUUUCUGGUAUUAAAUAUGAGAUAACAUUUAAAUAGAUACUUUGGUCUUAAAACUCAUAAUUAUACGCACUUUUAUACUAGUCUUCAUUCAGUUAUUAAACUCUUAAUCAAUUAUAUAGGUAUGAACAAAUGCAUGUUUUACGUCAGUAUUGGGCUUGUCGUAAACGUUUUUAUAAUAAUACAUAAAAUGGCUAAAAAAGUGUGUCAGUAAUAAAGAAAUGCAUAUGUUUAGUUUGCUGAACACUCCCAUGUAAGCCUAUAUUUGUACAUCUGUACUUAAUGUCUGCGAGACAAUCCAAUAAAUUGCUUUUGUAGAAAUAAAUAAAUACACACAUUAAUUAAAGCUAGAGCCUUAUAUAAAUCCAUAGCAUACAAAACAUAUUUGAAAAAAACAUUAAACAUAUUGAUAUAUAAAUGUAAAUUCAAACGUCUAAUUUUCACGGGCAUUGUACUCUGUAUACCUUAAUCAUUACAUAAAAUAAUUUGUCUCAAAUAAUCAAAUUAAUGGUUUCCCGAAAUUCUUAAAGCUUUUCAGCAGCAUCACCAUUUACUUAUUUUACAUUAGGCUACCAUGAAUGUAUGUAAACAACUUAUAAUGAAUCAUUUUUCAAGUGCGCCACCUACUUUUCCAUUUUUAUACCCUUUUCAGUCAGAAGUUUGCAACGCAGUGAAGGAGACAUUUCCGGCCCCAUAAAAUACACAUAUUUUUGAUCAACAUCCCUAGGAAAGUCGAUUCAGCAAUAAACUUCUGAUUUGAAUCACUGAUAUUGACCAGCCUUAAUGAUGUGUUCGUGAAAAACAAAUCACAAUUUACGUUUUUCCGUACUUAUUUAAAAAUAUUUGUUUUGUAAAUCAAACUAAAUUAGGUAAAUUCAUAUAUUUUCAGGGGUAAAAAAUAUAUAUAUAUAUAAUGUUUAUUUAACAUUACUUUGCUACUUAGAUUAUUCGUUUAAUCAUUUCAAUGUUUUUUGCACAGCAUGACAGUUUCAUAAAAAGGCGUACAUAUUUUUCAGAGAAACCAAUAAAAAAUAUGGCCUACACAACACACUAUACUAACAAUAAAAGAAUCAGAAAAUUGUGUUACCAAAUAAAACACCCGUAUCACAAUAUCCCAUAACAUGUUGAUUUUUAAAUAAUAGGUUGAUUUUUUAAAAGUUAGUUAGCUUAAGUUUAAAAUGGAAAUGAUUAUUGCCUUGCAUUUAUCUUGGGCUCGGCUAAUUAUAGAAAACUCACAGUCCGGUUCAGUUCCAAUAUAGUUACAAAGGAAAGAAUGGGAUGAAAGUUUUAGCUAAGUUUGCAAGACAAGUUAUAAAAAAUUCUAAAAAAUAAAAAAUGAUUUUUAUGCUUACACUAAUUUACAAAAAAGGUUCGAAUUAAAAAAAUGUGUAUCUUACUUAGGGUUGCAAAGAGACCAGUUUAAUAACAAGGACCAUAUUGCUUAACGUUCCUGAUAGACAGCUUAGUAACAGCCUUGCUCCAAGUUUCAUUAAAAUUAAAAUAUUUUUUUGCAAAUGCAUUGUCAUGAAAUUUAGUUCUUUCUCUAAACAUGCAAUAACUUUAACAAACACUAACAGUUUUUUCGCUCUCAUCCGUUCUCGAAAUAUAUGUACCUUGUUUUCUCAUAUAUGCAGUGACGUCUAAAUCUAGAAUUUGCACGUUAAUUCCCAAGUCGCCGGUUUUUAUAGUUAACGGGUAUACAAAUAUUACAGAAUUAUGGUAUAAAUUUUAUCAAAAUCGGACGUCUAUAGCAUAUAGCUCCCAUUUGAACAAUCGGAAAAAUAAAUGAAAAAAAAUUAUAACUUUUCUGUUUUUUAAUUUUUUGUUUAGUUCUUCGACAUAUAGCAAUGUUUAAUUAUUUCAGAAUUAUGGUAUAAAUUUUAUCAAAAUCGGACGUCUAUAGCAUAUAGCUCCCAUAGAAAUAAUAAAAAUAUAUAAAAUAACUAUCUAAUAAUUGAGCUGCAAAUCAUCAUAGUUUCAAUGUUGUUUUUUAGCACAUACUCAAGUAAAUCAUAAUUUAAAUGUUUUCAAAAGUAUUUAAUUAAUGCAAUAGCUGCAAGGGUAUAUGAACUUCGGCUUGCCGAAGUUUGCUUUCCUUCUUGUUUUAAAUGAUAUCAGGAAUGGGAAAAUUGGAUUUUCGUUAGUCUAAAUUAUUACACCUAUUGCAAGAAAGCAUAAAUACUGAAUUUUUAAAUUGCUAACAUUUUUUUUAAAAAGGGAAAUUAAAAAGGCCAUUUAAAUGAUUUCAAUCUUGACUUUAUAAAUAAAAGUUAAUUUUUAAACAAUAUAAGCACAAAAUCAAUGCCAAUAGAGAACUAUAGUUCUAUUAUAAUUUAAAAAUCGAUUUAAAAAACAUCUAAAAUUUGAGCCGUUAUAACAACUACUGGCCUUUUAUACCCUUGCAGAAGGUAUUAUAAUUCUUUAUCAGCAUCACUUAAAGAGUCCAUCUAGCCAUGUCCGUCCGUCCGUUUCUACUCAAACUUGUCUCUCAGAUUUAAAGCUAUUUGCAAUAAACUAAGCCAAAGUUGCCUUUCUGUUGCAGGUAGUAGUCGGAUCGACUAUGACAUAUAGAACCCAUAGGAACAAUCGGAAAGAUAAAUUUUAAAAAUUUUAACUUUGCUAUUUCUGAAUUUGUUUUUUUUUGUUCGUCAAAAUACUAGGUUUAAUAUUUUAGAAUUACGAUUUAAAUUUCCUUAAAAUCGGCCUACUUUAGCACAUACAUUUCAGAAUUACGUUAUUUAUUUUAUUAAAAUCGGAAAAAGAUUCCAUACAGCUGCCAGAGGAACGAUCGAUUUGCGAGAAGCCUUUAGGAGGACUAACCCCCAAUCCUUACCUGAAUAGUUAUCUAUAUUUGGUCCCUUUUGUAUUUACAAACUCCAUUGAAUAUCUCACUAUUUCCAUUAAUCAAGAAAAAGGAUGGCAGUCAAAUUUAAAAUGAAAACUAUUUUCGUGCAUCAGUAAGAUGAUUGAAUUAAAAAAACUGUAAGAAAAGGUAUUACGGAUUUUAAUUAUAUAGCAAGCCCAGAAAUUCAAUAAAUAUAAUGCUGUGAUACACUAAUUGCCGUUUUAUAUAAGGCUCUAGUUAAGUGUAUGUAUAUAAACUCAUAUAUAUAUAUAUAAGAAUUCAAUCGCAAACUUUUUUCAGAAUAUGAAGAUUCUGUGUUACAAUAGUUUGGUGGUCUUGAUUGUAUAAAAGAAACAAUGUAUUAAUAAUAUAAUCAGAACAAUGUAUAAAGCCAUUGCCAAUUUAAAAGACUGUUGAACACAUAUUAUAUAUGUUUUACACUGAUAAUUUAUCUAUUAAUAAAAAACUAUAUUAAGCUUUAAUUCAUAAACACUUUUUUAUGUUUAUGUUAAAUAAAAAAUGUAUGAUGCAUGUAUUAUAUAUGCAAUUAGUUUAAAACUUAAUUUUAAUAAAUGAAAUAUACAAUGUGUAUUUCUUUCAUGCUUCCAUAUUCUGUGUUUUAAACUAUUGUUUUUACUGAAACGAUUUUGCAAUAUCAACUGUUUAAUUUCUAGGAGCAAAUUUAAAGAAUACUAUUUAUUUGUUUAUUAAUUUGCAUGUUUUUGUAUUUACGUGUAUUUCAGUGCAGUUUAAAAUUAUAUUCAUAAAUUACAAAUUAAAAAAAAAUAUGAACUAAUAUCUAACAAAAGAUGGUAGGAGCACUAUCAUUAAACAUCUUUCGAAAUACGUUGAUCCCAAAUUCAUACUAAAGUGGACCCAAAACGAAUAUUAAAACAUAUAAUAUUUAUGUACAUAAAUAAAUAAUAAUUUUAAUUACUUUUAUAAUGGUUAAUUAAUGAUUUUAUUUGCUGUAUAAAGGUUAUGUUAAAAUUAAUAAAUCUAAUAUAAUGAAUGAAUGAAUGUCCGCAAUAUUCAUUAUAUUAUCGGUCGACUGAUAGGUUCUUAGCCUUAGCUGAACUCUAGAUAGAGGCAAGGGUUAGCAAUGUGUAUUUAUAAUGAAUGUUAUACUAUACCUAAGUGGAUAUAUAAACAAAUUACUAUCAAUAAGUUGAUAGCAAUCACAUGCAUAACUGUUUAAGUAAAUACUACUUAAAUUAAUAUAUAAGUAAUGUAAGAAAAAUAUGGAAUAAGUACAUAUACACUAUAUUAAAAAGAAAUAAUGUUGAAAGUAUAAA